GUGGUGGGUUUUUUUUUUAAUGAUUCUUGGGUUUUUGCUGUUUAUUUUGUGUUGUGUCUGAUGUGUUUGUGUGACAGUGCUUUGGUUUUUCUUACAGAUUCAUUUGUUUAUUUGUUGCAAUGUGUUUUUAAUGAAUAGACAGGAGGUCCUACCCUGCAGUUUUACCAACAAGGGACAAAGAACAAAAGAAAAUUAAGAAGCAAUAAAAAAAAAAAAAAGAAAGUUUAGAGUGCCGUUAGAAAAGUAGAAAAACAAGGCAAGAUUCUCGCGGGCACCGGGCAGAGAGAGAGAGAGAAAGAGGAUUACUGUACACAAACAAUUCUCUGCUCUCACUUCUCUGCUCUCACUCCUAAGACAAGCAGGCACGUGCCCACACACUGCCACACUCCCUGCACGCCCACGUACGCCCACAGGCAGCAGACGAGCAGUAAGGAGAGGCUGAGAGAAAGAGAGGAAGGACCGCGUACUUUGCUGUGCUCCCAGCCCAAGGCAAGCAGGCACGUGCACACACUGCCACACUCCCUGCACGCCCACAGGCAGCAGACGAGCCGCAAGUGUACCUGGGAAACACCGUGCAGUGCGGUUGUGUGUGUGUCCUCUUUUCAUUUAAACACCAGGGAACGGGACCACAGAGGCACAGGAGGUCAAUUAAGCUGUUUUCAUGCAUAGAGAAGAAUAGAAAGAGGAGGAAAGAAGGAGAAAUGAAGAAGGAGGAAAAAGAAGAAGGAAGGGAAGGAGGAAGACGAGAAGGAAAAGAGGAAAUAUUAAGAAGACAAUAUUUUCACUGAAUUUCCAGCGUUUUAAAGGUGGGGACCAGAUACACCAGGGAACAGUACAGCAAGACAGUCGCACAGUCGUUCCUGGUGCGGCUGAUGCGUUUGAGCAUGUCCAGCGAUGCGGAGGUGCGGCUGACAGUGCAACACAUCCUGCACACACUGCUCCACCGGCACCACAAUGCUCACUACCUGCCCAAACCUACGCAGCAGACGAGCAGUAAGGAGAGGCUGAGAGAAAGAGAGGAAGGACCGCGUACUUUGCUGUGCUCCCAGCCCAAGGCAAGCAGGCACGUGCCCACACUGCCACACUCCCUGCACGCCCACAGGGCCACAGGCAGCAGACGAGCCGCAAGGUGCCAGUGACAGGACUCCCUCCGUGCAUCCCUCCUGCAGCCCCAGGCUUCCUGCAGGACCAGACGCAGCCAGGAGCAGCGUUGCAAUGGAGGGUGCAAGGCCAGGAAACAGCAGCAGCAGCAGCAGCAGCAGCAGCAGUGGCAGCAGGAACAGCCUGGAGCAGCGGGCGACCCUGGGCGUGAGGACCUACACUUGUGACCACUGCGGCAAAGUGUGCUCCACCAAGGCUGCCAUUGCCAGACACGUCCUCUCCCAUGCCAGCAAGACAAGGCUGAGAGGCAGGAGUGGCCCCGCUGAACACACUGCCACCCACACUGGUGGCAGGAACCACAAGUGUGACCUCUGCGGGAAGACAUUUGUCCGGAAGAGUCAUCUUGCCUCACACAUCCUCACCCACACUGGGGAGAGAAAGUUCCAGUGCCUGGAGUGUGGCAAAAGAUUUAUUGAGAAAAGUUCCCUUAAGAAACACAUCCUCACCCACACUGGGGAGAGAAAGUUCCAGUGCCUGGAGUGUGGCAAAAGAUUUAUUGAGAAAAGUUUCCUUAAGAAACACAUCCUCACCCACACUGGGGAGAGAAAGUUCCAGUGCCUGGAGUGUGGCAAAAGAUUUAUCCACAAAAGUUAUCUUAACACACACAUCCUCACCCACACUGGGGAGAGAAAGUUCCAGUGCCUGGAGUGUGGGAAAAGAUUUACCCAGAAAAGUAAUCUUAACAAACACAUCCUCACCCACACUGGGGAGAGAAAGUUCCAGUGCCUGGAGUGUGGCAAAAGAUUUACCCAGAAAAGUGAUCUUGACAGACACAUCCUCACCCACACUGGGGAGAGAAAGUUCCAGUGCCUGGAGUGUGGCAAAAGAUUUACCCACAAAAGUCAUCUUAACAGACACAUCCUCACCCACACUGGGGAGAAAAAGUUCCAGUGCCUGGAGUGUGGCAAAAGAUUUAUCCAGAAAGGUGAUCUUAACACACACAUCCUCACCCACACUGGGGAGAGAAAGUUCCAGUGCCUGGAGUGUGGCAAAAGAUUUAUCCACAAAAGUCAUCUUAACACACACAUCCUCACCCACACUGGGGAGAGAAAGUUCCAGUGCCUGGAGUGUGGGAAAAGAUUUACCCAGAAAAGUAAUCUUAACAAACACAUCCUCACCCACACUGGGGAGAGAAAGUUCCAGUGCCUGGAGUGUGGCAAAAGAUUUACCCAGAAAAGUGAUCUUGACAGACACAUCCUCACCCACACUGGGGAGAGAAAGUUCCAGUGCCUGGAGUGUGGCAAAAGAUUUACCCACAAAAGUAAUCUUAACAAACACAUCCUCACCCACACUGGGGAGAGAAAGUUCCAGUGCCUGGAGUGUGGGAAAAGAUUUACCCAGAAAAGUGAUCUUGACAGACACAUCCUCACCCACACUGGGGAGAGAAAGUUCCAGUGCCUGGAGUGUGGGAAAAGAUUUACCCACAAAAGUGAUCUUAACAGACACCUCCUCACCCACACUGGGGAGAGAAAGUUCCAGUGCCUGGAGUGUGGGAAAGGGUUUACCCACAAGGGUUCCCUUGACAGACACAUCCUCACCCACACUGGAAAGAAGAAGAGAAAACAGGCAAAAUCAUAGAUGUUGCAGUCCCCGGUGACUCCGGCCUCAGUAGAGCUGAAAGGCACAAAACUACAAAACAUCACGACCUAAAAAGUGACCAAGAACAACAUGGUCACCGACGGACACCGGUGUGACACCAGUGAGAGAAGCUGCAGCAGAGGAUCACCCAUCAAAGAGAAGAAAUCUGGCAGAUAACAAGCUUCCUGCAAGACCAAAACCACACAAGGAACCUCCUCAAGAAAACAGACAGAAUGACAGCAAGGCGCAGCGCAGGCAGCGGCCGGCCGGCCGGGCGGGAGACCGGCAGGGAGGGGCCGAGCCCCGGCCGAAGCCUUGGCACCACAGAUGAGGACAAAGACAAGAAAAUAAAGGCCAGAAAGAUGAAGAGGCAGCUUGCAGAAAAGCCAGGGGUGGUGUGCAGGCACGUGGCAAAGACCUCAACAGAAGUACAAGACCCGCCCGAGGAAGAAGUGGCCGAGGGAUGCUGCAGGCCACUGCUGCUGGAAGACCCCACGCAGCACCAGGCAGCCCCGGGGAUACAGACCACCACGGUUAAACACACAAGUAAACAACAACAAUGCCAGCCGUUCAGCUUACACAGGAAGGUCUGCUGGCCACAAGACUACUGCCACAAACCAGCUGGCAAUACCACCAGUGACUUGUGGGUGUGGUGUGGUGUGGUGUGGUGACUGGCCACAAGACUACUGCCACAAACCAGCUGGCAAUACCACCAGUGACUUGUGGGUGUGGUGUGGUGUGGUGUGGUGACUGGCCACAAGACUACUGCCACAAACCAGCUGGCAAUACCACCAGUGACUUGUGGGUGUGGUGUGGUGUGGUGUGGUGACUGGCCACAAGACUACUGCCACAAACCAGCUGGCAAUACCACCAGUGACUUGUGGGUGUGGUGUGGUGUGGUGACUGGCUCAAAGGUUUAUCCUGAAAUGUAAUCUUGACACACAUGCUCACCCACACUGGGGAAAGGAAGUGCAGCAGGUGUGGUGUUUGUGGCUGUGCUCAUCACUUUUUUCUUUAUUUUUUAGCUUCUUGAUCAAUAAAGUGUUGUCAGCCUUGUACACACAGCUUUGGUUCACUUGCACAAGGUUUUGGGGGCUCGGGGGUGUUCCUAAGGGGGGCACUAACUGUCCAGGGGUGUUCCUGCUUGUUUCUGUCUCUCUGUGUCUCUGGUUUUGGUGUCUCCCUCCCAAACAUUAUUUUCACAACAAGCCACAAACCAACAUCCCUUCAUUAACACUUAGAUACCUUAACUUAACUCACCCACAAAACUCCCACAAACUGACUAACUUGUUUUUUCUUGAUUGUUUGUUUAUUUUAUUUGUUUUAUUGGUGUAUCUUUUAUUUGAAAGUAGCCAUAUUCUUAAGGUUUUUAUGGUUCUGUUUAUUAUUGUUUGGGCUGUCCUGUGUUUGUGAUUGCUGGACUCAUAUAGAAAUGGGUAGUUUUAUUAUUAUUAUUAUUUAUUUAUUUAUUUAUUUUUCUGUAUUAUUUUUGAUGUUUUUAUUAUUUUGUUGUUUAUUUUUGUGUUAUUUAUUUAGCCUGCCUGGCAUACAGUUAGAUUGACUGUUAUUUUGUUGUUUAUUUGUUUAUAUUGUUUUAUUUUAUUUACUAUUUGUUUAGUUAAUGAUUUAGUGGUGUUAUUGGUGUUUUUUGUGUUUAUUUGUGUAUUCAGUUUUAUUUACAGCUAUUUAUUGAUUUAUUUUUAUUGAUGUAUUUGUUUUUAGUUUAGAGUCUGGCCAACAGGGAAAAGCUAACAAGAACAAUUAACCCAAAAUUACAAUUAGUAUUUCUAUAUGAUUACUUUUCAUAUUAAGGAGACUGGCCAAGGCAAAACACCCUUUGUACAGUGCAACUCCUGAAACAAAAGAGGAGAAAAAUGAUUGAAGUUCCUGAGGUGUCUAAUACUCCUCUUUUGAGACAGGCAGCAGAGUCCCAGAGUGCACCAGUGAAGGGGUGAAACAAUGACAAUACUGCCUGGCUCUUGCACUAGUGAGGUGGACAGAAUAGGGAUGAGAAUAAAGAGAAAUUGUCAUAGGAAAUACAAACUGGCAGACUUUAGAGUGUAACAGUGAAGGGGUUGAAAAAGUGGAGGUACUGUUUAGCUCUUGCACUAGUGGGGUGGACAGAAUAGGAGAGGAUUCUUAAAAGUUUGGCAUUGUUAGCUUGAAAGAUUAUACUUGAAAGAUUAUUUAUUACAUGUUGAAAGGACAGAAUAAGGAUGAAAAUAUAUAGAAAGUCUUGUGAAGAUACUGGUUAACUCUUGUACUAGUGAGGUAGACAGAAUAGGAGGCCAUUCUAACAAGUUUGCCAGUGUUAGUUUGAAAGGCGAUACUUCAAAAAAAGACUUGUUACAUAUUUAAAGGACAGAAUAGGGGUGAAAAUAAAUGAGAAGUAGAAAGUCUUGUUACCAGGGGGACAUGAGAAAAAUUUUGGCAGUGUUAAUGUGUUUGUUACCGACUUUUUUCACCUCGCAUCACCUCUGUCUCUCUCCUGAACCUCUAAAAAAAUAUGUACAAUGCAUUUAGACAAGUUAGGAAGGAGGUUAAGAGAGAGAGGUGAGAUGAAGUGAGAAUAUUCCUAAGUAUUUUCUGUCAUAACACCUCAUAUCACCUUUUGUCUCCCCUGAACCUCUAAAAAUAUCAACAGUGAGACAUUUAGACAAGUUAGGGAGGUGAAGAGAGAGAGAGAGGUGAGAUGAAGUGACAUUAUUCCUGUCUCUCUCCCAGCUUAAACUUUCAAAAAUAUUUAUAAUGAGAAAUGUAGACAAGUUAGAGAGGUGUAGAGAGAUAGAGGUGAGAUGAAGUGACAUUAUUGUUUUGUUUCUUGCCUAACACCUUUCUCUCUCUCCUUCUCUUGGCCUCUGCCUCCUCAAAAAGAGCCUAUAUUAAUGAACUGGUGAUGGUACAGGCCUAUAAUACCUUGUAACAACAUUUCAUCAUAAAAUCUGCCAACGCUGGUUCAAUUAUAAUCAUUGUCAUUGCUCAUGCUAAGCUUAGUAUUAUUAUUAUUAUUAUUAUUAUUAUUAUUAUUAUUACUAUUAUUAUUAUCAUGUCAUGCAUUAGUGUUUUCAUUUGUUUCCUGCGCUGUCAUUGGUGCAGGAAAUAUCAUGAUGUUUUGGUUGCAAGAGUCCAUGUAUAUAUAGAUUGAGCCAUCGUAUUCAUGUUUAUCAUUGUGUGGUGUUGUAAAUAUACUUUAUCUGUAAAUAAAAAAUGUAUCCUAU